AUGCCUUCACCUUCUUCGCCCACAUUGACAAUGUCUCUCUUUCCCGAAGAACAACUCGACUCUCCACUUGGCUAUUUCCCUGCCCAGCCCGGUCAAACCUUCAAGGAAGGCGGAUGGACCAUCGUCCGCAAGCUCGGAUGGGGACCUCGAUCCUCCACAUGGCUGGCCGUCGAUAAUAAAGAAGGCGUCGACCGAUACGGAGCGAUUAAGAUCCUGACUGCAGCAGCAACGGAAGACUCGACUGGCAAGAUCGAGCGGGAUAUUCUUCUCGGCCCUGUUAAGAACAUACAAAACGGCGUCCCGGAGCUCUUAACCAACUUCUAUGAACACGAUACCAAGGGCAAGAGACACCUUUGCCUUGUCUUUCGCGUAUUAGGUCAUUCAGUAGAGGAACUCCGCCUCAGCAAUAUCUACGAUGGGGAGUAUUUGCCUCUUCAUAUAGUCCAAAAGGUUGUCGGCGACAUAUCAGAAAGGCUGGCCCAGCUUGCCGACCAGAGGUUCGUUCACGGCGCUGUUACUGCGGAUAAUUUUCUCUUCUGGUCUGUUCAAGCGGCUGUCGAUAUUCGAAAGAUGCUUGCAAAGUCCCCAAGCAACAAAGCAGAGAAAAUCCUAGGCAGCGAUGGUGUCACGUAUCCCGUUGUCAAAUCUCAACCUAUCCCAAAUGGCUUCAGAUGGGAUUCUCCAGAAGAAGAUAUUAUGCGUGCAGUGAUCUACUUGAGCAACUAUGCGCAUGCACGUCCGAUAGGUGGUGCUGGGACUUUGGAAUCUCCCAAGAACUUCCUACCUCCGGAAGCACUUCAAGGCGGAAGGGUUGAUCACAAGUCCGAUAUUUGGAUGUUGGGAUGUACUACAUACCUUCUAUUAACCGGCAACGUUCUCUUCUCUGAUUCGUACAUCGGCUCUCCCACCAAGACAGCAGCAGAGGUUCUUGGGAAGCUCGAGACUCUGCUCACUGAGAGCGAAAAGCUAGCAGAGAACGAUAUCUCCAGCGCCGCUUUGUUCCUCAGGUCCUGCCUUGCGAUUAAACCAACGAACAGAGCAAGCGCUGAGGAUAUUCUUCGAGGCGGCUGGAUCAAGACAGGGUACUCUUGA